AUGGAUAACGGAGAUAAAAGGUGGAUGAGCCUCCGAAGGUCAACUGAUGAGUACAUACAAGGAGUGAAUAAUUUUCUUGAUAAGGCGUUUGAACGAGCUUCCCAAGGAAAUGAAAUAUUAUGCCCUUGUAAAGAGUGCGCUAAUUGUUUUUGGCAUUAUAAGAAUGUGGUGGAGUAUCACUUGAUUGUUAAUGGCUUUGUUCAUGGAUACACCAAAUGGAUUUUCCACGGGGAAGGAUUUUCCUCGAGAAAGACUCCAUGCCCAAGCAAUAAUGAUGAAGGUUCCGAGAUGCAUGAUGAUAUUGAUGGAUUACUUCAUGAUACAUUUCGAAAUAUCGAGGAUGAUUUGGGACAUGAAAGAGUGGGGGAUGGACCUUCCGAAGAUGGAAAAAGAUUCUUUAAAUUAGUAGAAGAAGGAAAAGAAGAAUUAUAUCUAGGGUGUGAGAAUUUUUCCAAAUUGAGUUUUACGAUCCGAUUGUACUUGUUUAAGUGCAUUCACGGGUUGAGUAAUGUGGCAUUCACAGACUUGUUGGAGUUGUUAAAAGAGGCAUUUUCAUUUGCUCAGCUACUCGAGUCUUUCUACAAGGCAACAAGCAUGAUAAAAGAUUUGGGUCUUCAUUAUGAAAAAAUACACGCAUGUCCUAAUGAUUGCAUGUUAUUUUGGAAUGACAACAUAAAUGCAGAUACUUGUUCUGUGUGUGGGUCUUCUAGAUGGAAGAAUGUUGUUAAUGUAUUGACUAAUAAAAAGACCAAAACCCCCGCAAAGGUUUUAAGGUACUUUCCAUUAAAGCCUCGCCUUCAGAGGAUAUUCAUGUGUCCCGAAACAGCUGCAGCUAUGAGAUGGCAUGCCACUGAACGACCGAAUGAUGGAAAUAUAAGACAUCCUGCUGAGGUGAUGCUUGGAAGGAGUUUGACUCCUAGCACCCUGAAUUCGCUAGCGACACUUCCAGAGUAUAUAAUGUUGUCAAUGAUCAUCCCAGGUCCUUCAUCUCCGGGAAAUGAUAUAGAUGUGUAUCUACAACCACUAAUUGCUGAAUUAAAAGACCUAUGGGAAUUCGGUGUAGAAACAUUUGAUGCCAAAUCUAACCAGAUGUUCCAAAUGCGUGCAGCCUUAAUGUGGACAAUUAGUGAUUUUCCUGCACUAGCAAUGCUUUCUGGUUGGAGCACAAAGGGAAAAUUUGCAUGCCCCACCUGUAAUCAUGGCACAUGCUCUCAAUAUCUCAAGCAUAGUCGUAAGAUGAUGAAAGAGAAAAUGGGAAUACUCGAAAAGCAGCUUCAACCAAUACAAGAUGUUGUAAGUGGAACAUAUCUUUUGGCUAAGCUUGUUUCUACUAUGUAA